AUGACAUUCGCCAGCGAGAUCCACACCUUCUACGACGGGCGCCCGCAGCCCUCGUCGUCGGGCAAGACGACCUUCCAGUCGAUCGACCCGAGCACAGCCAAGCCCCUGGCAACAGUGUACACCACGACGCCUGCGCAGCUCGACGCGGCCGUCGCGUCGGCGCAGAAGGCGUUCCCAGAGUGGUCCCGCACGGCGCCGGCUGCGCGCGCCCGCGUGCUCCUCAAGGCGGCGGCGCUGCUCCGCGAGCGCAACGACGCGCUCGCCAAGACCGAGUCCCUCGACACCGGCAAGUCAUGGAGCGAGACCUCGACCGUCGACAUCGCGACCGGCGCCGACGUGCUAGAGUACUACGCGUACCAUGUCGCCGCUGGCGGGCUGGACGGCAAGUCGACCGUCCUGCGCGCGGGGCCCGGCGGCGCAGAGAUAACGACGACGCACGAGCCGCUCGGCGUCUGCGGCGGCAUCGGCGCGUGGAACUACCCUAUCCAGAUUGCGCUGUGGAAGUCGGCGGCGUGCCUCGCCGCCGGCAACUGCAUGGUGUACAAGCCGUCCGAGGUGACCCCCUUGCACGGGAACACGCUGGCGGCGAUCUACGUCGAGGCCGGGCUUCCUGCGGGCGUCUUCAACGUCAUCUACGGCGACGGGCCUGCGGCCGGCGUGCCCCUCGUCGCGCACCCAGGCAUCGCAAAGGUCAGCUUUACGGGCCAGGUGUCGACCGGCUCCAAGGUCGCCUCGGCCGCCUCGGGCGCAAUGAAGAGCGUGACCAUGGAGCUGGGCGGCAAGUCGCCGCUCGUCAUCCUCCCCGACGCGGACGUGGACGAGGCGGCCGACGUCGCGAUGCUCGCAAACUUUUAUUCCAGCGGACAGGUGUGCACGAACGGCACGCGCGUGUUCGUGCCCGACACGCUGCUGCCCGCUGUUGAGGCCGCCAUCGUGCAGCGGUGCCGCGAGGGCAUCCGCAUGGGCCUGCCGCUGGACGAGACGACAAAUUUCGGGCCCGUCGUCAGCAAGGUGCACCAGCAAAAGGUCGCCAGCUACAUCCAGCACGGGAAGGAGGUCGACCGCGCGCGCGUGCUGUACGACGGUGGGGCGGACGCGCAGGCCAAGUGGCCGACAAGCGACGGGUUCUGGGUCCCGCCUGUUGUGUUUAGCGACUGCACCGACAGCAUGAAGGUCGCCACCGAGGAGAUCUUCGGGCCGGUCAUGUGCAUCCUGCCCUACUCGACCAAGGGGGACAAGGACGCGUGGCUCGCCGAGCUGGUACGCCGCGCAAACGACACGCAGAUGGGCCUCGCGGGCGGCGUGGUGGCUACCGACCUCGACCUCGCGGCGCAGGUUGUCCGCCAGCUCGAGGCCGGCAUCACGUGGAUCAACACCUGGGGCGAGAGCCCAGCCGAGAUGCCCGUCGGCGGGUGGAAGAUGAGCGGCAUCGGAGUCGAGAAUGGCCACGAGGGCAUCCGCGCCUACACGCGCACCAAGAGCACACUGGUGCAGUACGGCAAGGGGGCGUGUGCCGGCGUCUUCUCAAAAUUGUAG